AUGAAGCUUAAUAUAGUGUUGAUAACGGGCUCGAGUUCGGGCAUCGGUGCGGCCACUGCUGUCCAGUUCGCCCAAUCGGGUGCCAGUGUUGUGGUCACCGGUCGUAGAGCCGACAAACUCGCAGAAGUGGGCGAACAGUGUCUAAAAGUAUCGCCGAAAGGGAUUAAAGCACUGGAAGUGACGGCAGAUGUGACCAAACGGGAAGACAUGCGACGACUCGUCGACCAGACUAUCAAACAUUUCGGUAAACUUGAUAUUCUGGUUAAUAACGCCGGCGCCGGGAUUUUCACCCGUAUCGACGACACAGACUUUUACGACAAGUUUGAGGCAACAAUUGCUACAAAUCUUAAUUCUGUGGUCUAUUUAACACAUUUAUGUGUCGAGUAUUUGGAGAUAACAAAAGGAAAUAUAAUUAAUAUCUCAAGUAUUUGCGGAUUGAGAGCCUUUCCAGAUUUCACACCUUAUUGUAUGUCAAAGUCUGCUUUGGAUAUGUUUACUAAUUGUAUGGCCGCCGAGUUGGGGCCUAAACGCAUCCGGGUCAACGCAAUCAGUCCGGGUCCUAUUGACACAGGCUUUUUUACAGCCAUGGGCUCAUCACGUGCUGACGCCGACAAACUAUUUGAGGCCAUCGCCAAUAUAUUGCCUGUCGGUCGCGCAGGUCUGUCCGCUGAUGUGGCCGAUUGUAUACUAUACCUGGCCAGUGACCAUGCUGCUUUUAUCACCGGAACUAACCUAGUCACCGAUGGCGGGGCCGUUGCAUCUAAUCAAACAAGUUCAGAUAAUCUCAAGAAUAUUCUAUAA